AUGUCUGGGAAAGAGGUUGAACAGCUGAUAAGAGAGAAUGUGGUCUGGAGUAAACUACCCAACGAGGUGCGUAUUGUUUUGGGCAAUUCACAAAGAGAAUACGACAAACUUGUAUUGGAGUAUUCAAUUAAGAACCAGCUGAGGUACAAAGGAAAUAUCGUGCGACAUGUGAAGAGGAAUGAAGAGAUGUACUACGAUAUCGUGCUGAAGUACAGCGAAACACACCUGAUGUUGUAUCCGUACCAUCUGUCCGAUAUUGUCGUUCGUGAGCUGCGAGUGACACCGUUCAACUAUUACAUUAACAUUAUCAGUGGUUUGAUGAAUGCCGAGAAGAGCUAUGAUUCGUUGCCGAAUUUCGCAGCAGCUGAUGCUGUACGUCUGUUGGGCAUCGGUCGGAAUCAGUACAUCGAGCUGAUGAACCAAACACGAUCCAAUCGCAAGUUGUUCCGAAGAAGUCGAUCGAUAAGAGACUUAUUGCCAGCCGCACCCAUCGAUAUCCAUAUUGAACCGUGGUGGUUGGUCUGUCCUGGAAGUAUUCUCGAGUCUGACGUUAAGUUGUUGUCGAAAAACGAAAAAGACGUAGUGGAUUUACUGCUCGAUGAAGGGGCGCAGUUAGUUGGUAUCCUUGAUUCGUCUGUCGUCAAGAAUCUUUACAAUCGAGGUUUAACCUAUUUUGAUGUACCCGUUCACGAUGACGACUUUAUUUUUGGUAUGUCUCUUAAUGAUAUAACA